AUGAGUAUUCCUGCGCAGACGUAUAGGAAGCCACUUGAGCUUCGUACGGAACUCAGAGACGUGGUCGUACUUGCGAAGACCAAAUAUGAACCGAAUACAGAGGUACUGACAACAUCUCUAAUCGCAAGCGCUAGUUCAAUACAAUUGAGACAGCCGUACCAGAAAUCGGCGGCGUCUCGAUCACAAAUAAAAUUCGCGAUUGAAAACAAGUACGAUGACACCGGACCAGGAGCCAAAGGUCCAGAAUACGCGUACCGUACAUACGAGACGAUUGAAGAAGCACUAGUCAGCUAUCUCGAUGACCCCGACACUAAAUUACCAGAACACGAGAGAGAAAAGGCUAUAGCUGUAGCACAGGGAUACAAUCCAAACGAAUAUGGUAAUCUAAUCAGACAACUCCCUAAAACAGUUGAAGAAUACACAGGAUAUACAGAACCUGUCACGCAACAAAUGCCUCUAAAUCAGUUUAACUAUCCCAAUCAGGGGGUAUACAUCGAUCCAGUCACAAAUUAUAAAUAUACGGAUCCGCUAGGAGUUCAACUGAACGUAAAUAAUAAUAUACCACCGAAGAAAUUACUGUACUUAAAAGGACAUGACGUAAUCGGAUAUCAAAGAGGACAGCCGAUUAAGGGUAGUCUGAUCAAUUUGGGAGUGACCGACCCAGAUCUAAGACAAGCACAAGAUCAGUUCGAUCCCUACCCGCGUUACAGCUACUCCUAUGGUGUUCAUGAUAAAAAGACGGGAGACUCCAAAGCAGCGCACGAGAUACGAGACGGGAGCAACGUCAGGGGAUACUACACGUUCACUGACGCUGACGGCAAACAGCGCACCGUCCACUACCUGGCUGACGACAAAGAAGGCUUCAGAGCUACUGUACAGCGUACUUAUUGA